AUGGAUCGAUAUCGGGAUGAAUUUCUGAAAUGUAGUGGUUAUGAUCGAUUCAAUAUAAAAGAAGGAAUAGUGUGUAUUUUUCGUUGGGGAUUUCCUGGAAAAAAUAGUCGCAUCUUCCUCCACAUUCAGUCCAUCAAAAUAGAAGUUAAAGAGGGUAUUUAUGCUCGUCGUGCCCGUUAUAUGGAAAUCAGAGGCCAGGGUUCCAUUCCCUUGACUCGUACUGAUGAGAAUUUAACUCUACGAGAAAUUGAGCAAAAAGAUGCCGAAUUGGCCUAUUUCUUGCGUGUACCAAUUGAAGUCAUGCAAACUAGAAAUACCUUUUCUUGGAUAAAGGAAGAGACUACUCGAUCUAUUUCCGUGUUGCUCAUGAUAUAUAUAAUAACUUGGGCACCCAUUUCAAAUGCAUAUCCCAUUUUUGCACAGCAGGUUUAUGAAAAUUCACAAAAAGUGACCGGGCGUAUUGUAUGUGCUAAUUGCCAUUUAGCCAAUAAGCCCGUGGAUAUCGAGGUUCCACAAGCGAUACUUCCUGAUAUUGUAUUUGAAGCAGUUGUUCGAAUUCCUUAUGAUCUGCAACUGAAACAAGUUCUUGCUAAUGGCAAAAAAGGAGCUUUAAACGUAGCGACUGUUCUUAUUUUACCUGAGGGGUUUGAAUUAGCCCCUCUCGAUCAUAUUUUGCCCAAGAUUAAAGAAAAGAUAAGCAAUCUAUCUUUUCAGAGCUAUCGUCCCACUAAAAAAAAUAUUUUUGCGAUAGGUCCUGUUCCUGGUCAGAAAUAUAGUGAAAUCAUAUUUCCUAUUCUUUCUCCGGACCCUGCUACUAAGAAAGAUGUGCACUUCUUAAAAUAUCCCAUAUACAUAGGCAGCAACAGGGGACGGGGUCAGAUUUAUCCCGACGGAAGCAAGAGUAACAAUAAUGUUUAUAAUGCUACAGCGUCGGGUAUAGUAAGCAAAAUCAUACGAAAAGAAAAAGGGGGAUACGAAAUAACCAUAGUGGAUGCAUCGGAUGGAUGUCAAGUGGUUGAUAUUAUCCCUCCAAGACCAAAACUUCUUGUUUCAGAGGGAGAAUCCAUCAAACUUGAUCAACCAGUAAUGAGCAAUCCUAAUGUGGGUGGAUUUGGUCAGGGGGAUGGAGAAAUUGUACUUCAAGAUCCAUUACGUGUCCAAGGACUUUUGCUCUUCUUGGCAUCUAUUAUUUUGGCACAAAUAUUUUUGGUUCUCAAAAAGAAACAGUUUGAGAAGGUUCAAUUGUCCGAAAUGAAUUUCUAGAUCCGAAGAUUUAUCCCUACCAAGCUCUAAAAAGAAUCCAACUUUUGUCGCCAAUUAUGUUAUGUAAUUAUGGAUGAUUAAAAAAGUUCUGAAAAGCUUCUUGUUUUUUCAU